GGAGCAUCUUUUUAGGCUUUAGCAUUUAGUAGCUCCCUUUCUCUCUCUCUCUCUCUCACUCAUGCCUACACACAAUCCCACGAUCUCCCUGUGGGGUUUUAAAAAGAAAAUACAGAAUCUUUUCUCGAAAGAUUUGUACUUUAAUCUCCAUUGAAGAAACCAAACCCUCCUCAUUCUCAUUCUGAAGGUGGUUUUUCUGGAAUGGAAUCUGUCUUCUCAGGAUUUGUGCUUGACCCUGAAAAAUGUAAUCAACUGAGCUUAGAAGAAAAAAGAAAACUUGUUCACCGUAUCGCUCAAUGGUCAGAAGACGCCCCGAAAAUUCUUAGUUCGUUGACUCGUAAAGAGCUUCUUGAAAUCAUAUGUGCAGAAAUGGGAAAAGAAAGAAAAUACAGUGGAUUCACAAAACUUAGAAUGAUAGAACACCUUCUUAAACUUGUCUCCAAAAACACAACAACAACAACAACCGGAAGCUCACUUGAUUUUUCACCAUCAAAGAAGCAAAAACAUGAGGAACAACCUAGUAAUAAUAGUACCACAUUUGAGACUAAAAAAGACCACCAAACUAAAACUCGGGUUUGUCAAAAUUUAGCAUGCAAAGCGAGUAUGUGGCCGAAAGAUGCUUUUUGCAAGAGGUGUUCGUGUUGUAUCUGUCAUCAGUUUGAUGAUAAUAAGGAUCCUAGUUUAUGGUUAACAUGUGAUCGUGAUUCGGAUUCUUGUAAUGAAGAAGGUGAUGAACCGUGUGGUAUGUCCUGCCAUUUAAAUUGUGCUCUUAAUCAUCAGAGGGCUGGCAUAUCAACAAACGGUCACUACCCCAAGCUGGAUGGUGGUUUCUAUUGCGUUUCCUGUGGAAAGUUAAACCGAUUAAUGAGGACCUGGAGAAAGCAGCUGGUUUUUGCUAAUGAAGCCAGAAGAGUUGAUGCGUUGUGUCUACGCGUGUCUCUAAGCCACAAGAUUCUUCAAGGGACAGUGAAAUAUCACAAGUUGUUGAAGAUUGUUGAAUCUGCAGCAAAGAUACUUGAAAGUGAAGUGGGACCCAUUGGUUUAGCAUCUGUGAAAAUGGACCGUCGACUUGUUAACCGGCUUUCAUGCAGCACUGAGGUUCAAAAGCUCUGCACUUGUGCAAUUGAAGCUUUUGAUUCCUUGUGCUCCAAUUCAAGCUUAAACCAUUUCCAACCAAACAGACUUCCAACAUGUCGGAUUUCAUUUGAAGAAACUACUCCAACUUCAGUAACAAUCGCCCUAGAUUACGAAGCACAUUUAUUUGAAGAUUUCUUCGGCUGCAGAAUCUGGCACAGAAUGUCAACCGUCAAACAAUAUCCAAAAGAAGCAACAUACAUCGUGCUAAAUCCGGAAAAAAGAUUCAAACUCACAAAUCUUAAUCCAUCAACAGAGUAUUCUUGCAUGGUUUCUUUCUUUAGCAACAAGAAAGUCCUAGGAUUUUGGGAGUCAAAGUGGUCAACAACAGAAGUCAAUGCUAACACACAAACAGAUUCCACAACUGAUUUUCCUUGCACCCCAUGCAAAUCUGAUGGUACCACUAAGAAGAACACAUAUGAAUAUGCAGUGGGAGUGAUUAGAAGUUUGGAGCAUAAUGGACACUUGAGUAAGGAUUUUAGAGUCAAGUUUCUUACCUGGUUUAGUUUGAAGGCUACAAUGCAGCAAAGAAGAAUUGUGAAUGUUUUUGUGGAUGCUUUGAUUGAUGAUCCUCCAAGUUUGGCUGAGCAGCUCCUUGAUACGUUUACCGAUGAAAUUUGUGGUCAUGAGUGACUUUACUUUGGGGUUUCGGUUUCAAAUUGGUUUUUGGUGUUGAUUUUAAGGAAAAAACUUGGUUAGCUAUGUUUCCUUUUUAUUCAUUUGGAUAGCUAACUAUUAAGAUCUAUCUUUAGGAUUUUUGUUGAUGAUUAUGGAACCAGUUGCUUUCGGUAUCA